UGAAGAGCCCCCAUCUAAAGAACCAAUGAGAAAUCACAGGCGGUUAGAGGAGAGAGAGAGUGGAGUAGGAGUCAGUGAUUCAUUCUAGUGGGUUCCUGCAGAAGACCCCACCCUCUUCCUCUUCUUUUUCUAUACAAAAUUUUUAGUUUUGUAAAAUCCAAUUUCUUCUAUAUUUAUUUUAAUUUAUUGUUUUUUCAAACCCCACAGGCGUGAGACAGGUCUGCAAGGACAAGAUUUUGUGUACCGUGAAAUGGGGUUGAAUAUUGAGAAUAUUUACUACAGGGAGAGAGGAGGGGAGAGGGGGGGAGAGAGAGAGAGAGAGAGAGAGAGAGAGAGUGCAUACAUAGAAGCAAAACCCAUUUAAGAGAACAGACUCAUCGAUCAGGUUUCUUCACAUAGAAGUAGGGAUAGAAAGCAAGAGAUAGAGACACCAUGAAAGAUCAAAAAAAAAAAGUUGCAAAGUGAGAUGAUGAGAUUUAUCUGAGAUGAAGACAGGACCCUCAUCUUUGUGGGCUAAUUCUUUGAAAAGAUAGCUUUGAUAUCUUGUCCCCCUUUUUUUCUCUCUCUUUUUUUCUCUGUGUUGUCUCAGUUGGGUUUGGCUCCAAAUAGUUCUUCCUCUUAAGAAUUCAAAAUCAAAGCAGAGUAGCAAAGUGAGAGUUCUUGGAUGGUCUAAAUAGAGUAUUUGCAUGGCGAGCCAUAGAGUUGCAAAUACUGGGUUUUCAGAUUCAGGACCAUCGAAUCACCAUCUCCCUUACACAAUUCUUCAUGGGAUUAAUUCUGCAUCAUCAAGUUUCAUCAAUCAAGAAGGGUCUACUUUUGAUUUUGGAGAGCUAGAGGAGGCAAUUGUGCUGCAAGGGAUUAGGAAUGAUGAAUCCAAAGCACCUUUAUUGACAUCAACCAGACCUGCAGCAACUCUGGAGAUGUUCCCUUCAUGGCCAAUCAGAUUCCAACAAACCCCAAGAGUACCGAGUUCGAAAUCAGGAGGUGAAAGUACUGAUUCAGGAUCAGCAGCAAAUACACUAUCAAGUAAAGCUGAUCAAGCCACACGGCUAGAGCCAGAAUCUCCUAUGAGUAAAAAGGCAUCUUCUUCAGAUCAUUAUCAGGCUUUUGAUCAGAAGCAUCUACAGCUUCAAACCCAGCAGCAACAACAAUUGGAGAUGGCUGGUGAUAUCUCUAGAAGUGGACCAUCACAUCAACAGAAUCAAUCACCUGCUAAACCAUCCCAAGAAAAGAGGAAGGGAGCAGCAGCUUCAGAAAGACAGCUUGAUGCCAAGACAUUAAGACGUUUGGCUCAAAACAGAGAAGCUGCAAGGAAGAGCCGCCUGAGAAAAAAGGCCUAUGUGCAGCAGCUAGAAUCCAGUCGAAUCAGGCUCUCCCAGCUGGAGCAAGACCUUCAAAGAGCCCGUUCUCAGGGUUUGCUAUUGGGGGAUUGUGGUGGUAGUUCAAGCAUUAGUUCUGGGGCUGCAAUAUUUGACAUGGAAUAUGCAAGAUGGCUGGAGGAGGACCACCGGUACAUGUCGGAGCUUCGAACAGCAAUGCAGGCACAUUUAUCCGAUGGUGACCUGAGAUUAAUGGUGGACGGAUAUAUUUCACAUUAUGAUGAAAUCUUUCAGUUGAAAAUGGUGGCCGCCAAAUCCGACAUCUUCCACCUCAUCACCGGAAUGUGGACUACUCCGGCUGAGCGUUGCUUCCUCUGGAUGGGCGGAUUCCGGCCGUCCGAUCUCAUCAAGAUGUUAAUAUCCCAAUUAGACCCAUUAACGGAGCAACAAGUGGUGGGGAUUUAUAGCCUCCAACACUCCUCACAGCAAGCAGAAGAGGCUCUGUCACAAGGCCUUGAACAGCUCCAACAGUCCAUGAUUGAAACAAUCGCCGCCGGUCCCGUCGUCGACGGCAUGCAACAGAUGGCCCUCGCACUCGGCAAACUUGCCAAUCUUGAAGGCUUCGUUCGCCAGGCCGAUAAUUUAAGACAGCAAACCCUCCACCAACUGCGGCGGAUAUUGACAGUGAAGCAGGCAGCGCGGUGUUUUCUGGUGAUCGGAGAAUAUUAUGGAAGGUUAAGAACUCUAAGUUCUCUUUGGACGUCUAGGCCACGAGAGUCGAUGAUGAGUGACGAUAAUUCGUGCCAAACAACAACAGAUUUGCAGAUGGUUCGGCCUUCACAGAAUCACUUCCCAAGCUUCUGAUCUUCACUAGAACCCAAAAUGUCCAGACCCAGAUCGAGGCCAGGGCUGCUGCUGCAGUAAUAUUUUAUAUGGAGAUGUGUCUCGGCUACUUAAUUAAUUUAGAGGAUAUAUAUAUAUAUAUAUAGAACCUUUUUAUUAUAUUCAUGUGUUUCUUUCUAUUGAUAUAUCUUUAAUUAUUACUACUAUGCCAUCUUGUAAAUGCAAAAAUCAUCUGCUACAUGAAUGAUCAAUAGAUUUUCCCACGCUAUUCCAAUAUCUUU